AUGAAGCUGCAAAUAGUUCAUUUACUUUUCACAUUUCUCCUUAUAUCGGUUAAAUAUGUGUUAGGGGACACAUCACACACAAAUAAUUGGGCAGUUCUAGUAUCUACUUCCCGUUUUUGGUUUAAUUACCGACACAUGGCAAACGUUUUAAGUUUGUAUCGUACGGUUAAAAGAUUAGGUAUCCCUGAUUCUCAGAUAAUCCUUAUGCUAAGUGAUGAUAUUGCAUGUAAUUCGAGGAAUUUGUUUCCAGGUGCGAUCUUUAACAAUGCAGACCGUGUAAUCGAUUUGUAUGGACAGUCCGUCGAAGUUGAUUAUCGUGGAUAUGAAGUUACUGUGGAGAACUUUAUUAGGCUUUUAACAGAUAGGUGGGAUGAUAAUCAACCUAAAUCGAAGAGAUUGAUGACGGAUGAAAACUCUAACAUAUUUAUAUACAUGACUGGUCAUGGCGGUGAGGACUUUUUAAAAUUCCAGGAUGCAGAGGAAAUCUCUUCAUAUGAUAUUGCAGACGCUUUUGAGCAAAUGUGGGAGAAGAAGAGAUAUAAUGAGAUAUUUUUCAUGAUUGAUACAUGUCAAGCAAAUACAAUGUAUUCCCGCUUCUAUUCACCGAAUGUAUUGGCCGUUGGUUCAAGUGAGAUUGACGAGAGUUCGUAUUCCCACCAUUCUGAUGUUGAGAUUGGGGUUGCAGUGAUUGAUAGAUUUACUUAUUACACAUUGGAGUUUAUGGAGCAAAUAGAGAAGAAUUCCACGCUUACAUUACAAAAUUUGCUUGACUAUUACACAUUUGAUAAAGUUCAUUCGCAUGUUGGAGUUAAAAAAGACUUAUAUAAAAGGGAUCCAAAGGAUGUCUUGAUAACAGACUUCUUUGGAAAUGUCCAGAACAUUAUUUCUGAUAACGACGAAGAACAAGAAACAGCAUCUUAUGGUGAAGUACAGCCUGGGUUGCUGAGAAAUAUCUUGGAUUUCGCAGUUGGAAAUAGCAACAGAUUUAAUUCACAAAUUAAUGAUACAAACAUGCAGGAGAAAAAAAUAAUCAAGACAACAUUGUUUAAUAGGGAAGAUGCAAUGUCAUCUGGACUUUCCGAAGGUUAUAACACGGGCCUCAUAAAGCUCAGCGGCGUGGUUUUGCUGAUACUGUUUAACCUAUUGUAUCAGAGACAAAAGAGAAAGCAUGAUUUAGAUCUGUCAAGUACGCUGUAUAAUACUUCGGUAAUGUAA